AUGGCCGACUCAGAGCUUAAGCGGAGCAGCGACGAGGACAUGCAGAUGACCCAGGAUUUAGAGGGAAUGAUAGAAGACAUGGAAAAUAUGUCAGUGCAGCUGACCUGGAUGGUCCAUGACAUGGUUGUGCUGCGAACCAGUCCAGAGCACCAGAAGUCCAUGCAGAGCCUGGAGGAAGCUUACCUCAGCUGCAGGGCUGUUAUCUGUGGGGGUAAUGACCAGGAAAUGCAGCAGGAAGCACAGAAUUAA